AGUACAAUAGCUCGUAAUUUACGGUACUUUGACAGAGAAUAGCGGUUCGACGUUUGUUGUCGUGCCAUCGCAUCCAUCAAAUGCCAGCACCUGACAGCGCAAUGGAGCCGCCAGCAGUGGAGGAACGUAGUCCCGGGGCUAACUACCACCGCAUUGACCUGCGUACAACGGAUCCAACGGAGUUAAGUGGCGCUAGUUCUCCCGGCGCCAGCUCUCUCAAGCGCUUCGCAUGCCAGUUCGACCCAGGCUCCAAGAACGGGCGUGUGCUUGUACUGCUGUUCGACCGCAACGGAGACUCGGAAUUUAAGGAGAUGAGCAGGCUGGACGUAUUGCGUAUGACCCAGCAGGCAGCGAUGCCUAAAGAGGAGGAGCCCGAAGAAGCUGGCGAGGUGGCCGAUGUCGCUGGUCUGCCACUGCGGCGGCUGGGCAGUUUGGGUGCCAAGGGCCGCCGAACCAGCAUGAACAUAAUGCGUGGAGAAGGCGGAGGACUCGACGGACCUAAUUAUGCCACAGUCUGUGAUGUUCAGCGAGUCCAUGCGCGAGAUAUUCGACGGAUGGAGAACGCGUUCUCUGUGUCGAACGAGCCCGCGAUUAUUAUUCGAAAGCAGGCGAUUCUUAUUAGUGCUGGUACAAAGAGUGAAUACUGGGGUUUGUUUGUUUAUGCUGACCAAUAUUUGCUGUUCUUCCCAGACCCGUUACGCGCGAUAGUGAUGCGAGACGUGUGUCUUGUGUAUGUGCCUGAUGGAGCUGACAGUCUUCUGUCUAUUCUCAAAGAGCAAUUUAGCCAAGCUGCUCGAGAGAAUGCAGAGGACCCGUACGAGUUCAGGGCACUGGAGGCGUUGCUAGCGACAUUAGCCCGGUACUUCCAAUCCGACUACGAGAAGCUCUCUCCCAUCGUGAUUUCGGCCCUGGAUCGAUUGGUGCAAGGAAACCUGCACUCACGCGAAUUGGAGACCCUACGCGAGUUCAAGAACACAAUGAACGAGUUCGAAUCACAAGUAGAUGGCGUACGUCGUGUGCUGAUGGAGCUGCUGGACAAUGAAGAAGAUUUGCGCUUACUGUACCUGACGAAGCUUUACGAAGACCCUUCUCUUCUCACGGAUCUGUACAGCUUUGAUUCAGAGGAAGCUGAAGUACUGAUUGAGAAUUACUUGCAGGAUAUUUUCUCGACACGAACGAAGGCGGAUUUGAUGCAGCACCGCAUUACCAACACGGAAAGUUUGGUGAUGCUGAAGCUCGACUCGAUGCGAAACUACUUGCUCCGAGUAGACCUCGUGUUCUCUCUCGUUACGAUCAGUCUGUCUGUGGGUACACUGCUCGCUGGAGUGUUCGGUAUGAACCUGGCAUCGGGCGUUGAGGAGGCCUGGGGAUGGUUCUGGGGAGUUGCCAUCACUUGUGUGAUAGUCUUCUUCGUGAUCACAGCUAUUGGCAUUUUGUUCUUCAGGCAGAAAGGAGUACUACAACUUUAAGAGCAUGAGUCAAUAAAUUCUUGUUGUUAGAACAAAGCAGAU